CAGGCUCGGGACCAUAUGGGAUGCCGUGGAUCAAAUCUGGCCUGCUGUGUGCAAGACUAUAUAUGUGGCACGCUCGGCGUUGGAGGGCAGCUGGACAGCAUGAAGGCGCUCAUCCUGUCCCUCCUGCUCCUGUCCAGUCUGUCCGGGAUUGUCCCGGCCGAAACCGCAGUCUUCACAGAGAUGCGACCCACCCUGUGGGCAGAGCCCGGCUCACUGCAGGACCCCUGGGCGCAUCUGGAGCUGCUGUGCCAGGCUCCCGAGUGGACCACAGCUUUCCAGCUCUUCAAGGAUGGUGUGGCCCUGGAGCCUGUGCACCUUGACACCCCCGCCACAGAACAACGCUUUCCCCUCGGCGCUGUGACUGCGGCCACUCGCGGCCUCUACCGCUGCCGCUCCCGCCUGGACGACAGCUGGACCCCGCUCAGCGACCUGGUGGAGGUGACAGGGCCAGGGUCCCUGCCUCCACCCUCGCUCCAGGCCACCACGGUGUCCUGGAUCACGGAGGGCCUGAAGCCUAACCUACGGUGCCGCGCGGAGUUUCGAGGGGUGACUCUCCUGCUGAGACGAGAAGGCUGGGAUCAGGUUCUGCAAGAGGCGCAGGCACCAGACUCCAGGGAGGCCAGCUUCCCGAUCCAGCAGGCCGGCAACUACAGCUGCAGUUACCGCCUGCACGCCGGGGGUGCACCCUCCCCACCCAGUGCCUCCGUGCUUAUUCAAGAGCUGGCGACACUGCCACCACCAAGGCUGACACUGGGGUGGGAGCGCUCAGUGCUAAGGCGCCCAGGCGAGGAUGUGACCCUUCACUGCGUGGCGCCGCUGGAGGGUGUGAGCUUCCAGCUGCGGAGGGGCAAGGAGGAGCAACAUGUGGAGAUGAGCAGCACCUCCUCGGACAGAGUGUUCCUGCACUUGAAGGCUCUGGCUCCUGGUGAUGGUGGACUCUACACCUGUCGCUACCGACUGACCGGCAAGCAGAGCCACUGGUCCGAGGACAGUGCACCCCUGGAGCUGCAGCUGAGCGAUGAGUCUCUCCCAGCACCCCAGCUAUCUGUGGAGCCAGCAUCUCCCAGGCCCCGUCGUGGGGAUCAGGUGCAGCUGCAGUGCCAGGCGCCCAGGGCCAACCUGCGGUUUGCCCUGCUUCGCCAGGAAGCCCACGGCCACCGUGUGCUGCAGUUUCUGAGCCCCACCAGCGCCGAGGCCCACUUCGAGCUGCAUGACAUCUCUGUGGCCGAUUCGGGCAACUACACUUGCCUCUACAUGGACCCCUCCUCACCGUUCAAGGGCUCCAAGCCCAGUGCGCCUGUGGAGCUGUUGGUGGACGGGCCCGCUCCCAAACCACAGCUCCAUGCCCUGUGGAGUGGGGCUGUGACUGCAGGACGUGACGCUGUCCUGCGCUGCGAGGGCCCCGUGCCCAAUGUCUCCUUCCAGCUGCUGCGGGCAGGUGAGAAGAUGGCUUCUUUGGAAGAGUUGUCUGACAAUGCCUCAGUGAACUUCAAGCUGUCCUACAUAGGGCCCCAACACGCCGGCAACUACAGCUGCCAAUACCAGUCCAGAGGGCUCAGGCCCUUCCUGUCAGAGCCUAGUAACCCUGUGGAGCUUCGGGUGGCAGGAAGUUGAUCCAACUGCAGACCAGGUGGUGGUUGUAUCCACGGGAAGGAAUUUCUCCACUCUAGUUCUGGUGGUCCAUUUUUCUGGAAUUCAAUAAAGGUUUCCUGUGUGCCUGUG